AUGGCAGAAGAAUCUGAAAUUGUUAGAAAAGUUAAAAAAUUUAAAGGUGUAUCCAAAAAGAAUGAGUUAGAAGAAUUGGAGGUUUUGGCUUCGGAAGGCGCCGACAACUUAGAAAUCAACAACAUCAUAGACGACAUAGAAGACUACCUUAAAAACUCAAUACAGUCUCAGAAUAGCCAAACGGCAACUCUUCCACCAGUUAUCAAGUUUAAUAAAAACUGGAUGUUGUCAGUAACAGAGCUAUCGUGCCAACUAUGGUGUGAAAAGCAAGUAGAAUACACACUCCUGACAGGAAGAAAAAGAGUAACGGAAGAAAUGGAAGAAGGAAUUAAGAGGCACGAAGAAUUGGAGCUGGAAGAUCACGACCUGGUGGAAGUGGAAGUGGAGACAGAAGAGGAUUACCUGGGAUUGAAGCUGCUGAAUUCAAUUGUACUGCUGGAACAACUGGUGGAAACGGGAAAGUGCAGAGAACUGUGGCUAUUCGACACCAUAGAAAAUUACACAUUCAGCGGGAUAAUUGAUCAGCUGACAAUAGCAAUGCACAGACGCACAAAGGAGAAGUGCGUGAUAAUAUCAGACACAAAGACGAGAAAAACAAAAAGAGACCCAAGUCCAUCGCAAAUACAAGGAGCGUCACUUCAAGUUCAGCUAUAUUGCAUAAUGCUGGAGGACACGAAGAACGGAAAAGUGAAUUUUGAAAAGUUAUACGAGUCACUGAAUUGCGAUAAGUACGCACCGUUCAAGUCAGUGGAGCUGAUGCCAGAAGGAUGCCUGGCAAACCUGCAGAAAAAGUACCUGAAGGCCUUCAAGAAGCUGCCGAAAGUGUCAAAAAUGAUGAACCUGGAGUACGAGCACGAGGGAAUUGUGUUUAGAAAGUCGGAGGUGGAUCUGAAGAGGGAGAACAUACUGCUAACAGUGAACUACCUGUGCACGUUCUGGGACGGACUGAGGGAAGCGGACCAUGUGAAGCUGGAAGUGCAAAAUGUGCCAGUUCAAGGACGAGUGCACAGUAACACCGCUGAUAGAAGACAAAGCCCAGUAGAAUCCGAAGAUAGGAAAUGUUGGAAAAUAGUCAGAUGUGUGAUUUAA